GAGAGAGAGAGAGAGAGAGAGAGAGAGAGAAAGGCAUACGUAUUGAAGACAGAAUUGACAUGUGUAGGUUCAGCACCAAAUGCAAACAGAGCACGCACACGCACGGACACGCGUCAUGUUUGAUGUGCGUGCCUUUUUGGAUCGAGUUUGGUAGUUUGAAUUUGUCAAGAGGGGCCCGUGACCAGUGUGGGUUCUCAUCAUGGGCACUGUGUGUUGCGUGGAAGACCCUUCCGAGACCGCAGGGAGCAAAUUUUGGUUGAAAUGCUCAUUUGCUGUAGCUUUUUGUUUUGUGUUUAUGUCCAGGACAUCAUCCAAAAUUGACCUGGAUGAGAGGGAAUCAGCAGCAUUUGAUGGAGAACCAGCGCGAGGCCUUUUGGAAGGAUUGAAAGGCCACUGGACCCGAAAGGAGGAUCGCAUGUCUUUGGGCAUCAUCUCCGGCAAUAGUAUGGUUUGGGAAGCUGCAUACAAACACAAGCCGAGUCCAUUGUGGGAGGUGUCUGGAGACCAGAUCAAAAUGAGUCUUGGUGGAGAAGAACAUCUCGGAAGAGCAUCGCUGAAAGACUCUGAGAUCGUAUGGGAAGACGGUGAGGUGUGGAUACGAAAGUGAGACUUGAGUGUGGUGGCCGAUUCGACUUGCCACUGUGUUAUGCCACUUCUUUUGGUGAAUUGGUAGAGGACAUUUUGUUCAGCCAAGCAAUUUCAGGAAUGAAGAGUCAGGCAAGUGUCUUACUCAUCGUGGCUGUCCCUUUGUUUUCACCCAUGAGCCAAAGCAGCUCUGGACUUCAGAAAGAAAGGAGUUGUUGAGGGAGAGGACGCUACUAGGAGCAAAGGGCAUCGCUACUAGGAGCAAGGACGCUACUAGGGGCUCCUGGCCUUUCUACUAGGAGCAAGAAGCUACUAGGAGCAAAGGGCAUCCCUAUGAGGGAGACAGCACUCCAGGCAGACUCCGAUCUCUCAGCCAUAGCCAUGACAUGAGCACCGGUG